AUGAAGGAUUUAAAGGCUGAUCCUGCAGAUACCGGUGAGUUAUCACAAUGUAGUCUACAUUUUAGCCGGCUCAGUAGUUACGUAACCUCAGCGGAAUUUCUGAAAACCAAACUCUCUCGCUUUUGGAUCAUUUUCACUCUUGCCCCCUAAACUUCAUCUGAUCAGUCCUUGAUACGAAGACUGCUGAACACAUUGCUGAACUUAGGGAUCUAAGAGAUCGCGUGUGGUCAAAAUCAUUAUAAAGUUUGCUGUCGACAAAUAGCGCAGUAACUAAAUAUUAUCCUCGAAAACUACAUAACCCUGGCCCUGUUUUGUCAGCCAAGAGUCAUGAAACGAGCGUUUAGAAAAUUGGACCGAGAAAUUUAUUUGUUUUCCCUGUUUUAUUGUGGCUAGUUCUAAACACAAAACUAAACAUAUUGAUCAUCAUGGCUGUUGGGGUCUCAUGACUAACUAUUAAAUUAACAGGGGCACCCAACGAGGAUAUAGAUCAUCUACUUCACAUACAGUGUCGUCUGGGGUUUUGGUUCUUCUUUAAGCUUUGCUACUACUACAUUUGUAUUAGGUGAGGUUCGUUGAGUAGAGGUCGACAUUUCACAGUUAAUAAAUAAUUUUUUAAACUUUAUCCCCCCCGCAGUCCCCCUACCCUUUUUCCACCCCAUAUUUGUCUAAGGUCUGCGUAUUUCCUCGGAGGACUCAACCAAUUGCGUUUUUGCUGUUUUCAUGCAGGAAAAGGGUCGUCGUCUCCUGGGAAAGGAUUGUAAGGAACGAAAAUGAUCUCCAGUUAAGAGCUCUUUCAUCACAAACUUUCCGCUUUCUUAGUUCCUGCUUUCAGGAGGGUAAUAAUGUCUUUAACGUUGUUUCCUUGUUCAAUCGGCGACCGUUUUAACAACCCAGUCCCAGUCCCUCUAAGAUAAAUUGCAGGGAAUUUCGAUUGUGCCAACUUCAAUCUAAUGACCGGUACAGUGAUUCAUGGACUGAGACUAAUAUGCUCUGAGUAAAUUCACAGUUCAUCUGAGCAUAACAUAUGAUAAUAUUUUGGAAUGAAUACUUAUGUUUCCUCAUUCAAAGCUUUUCGACCAAUUUAAUUGCAUUUGACAAUCCCUUUUCAGGUCAGUACUUCAAGAGGAGACUUGCGCUAGCCAAUGGUAUUGUUACUGGUGGAAGUGGUGUUGGUGCACUGGCAAUGGGACCCUUUUACCACCUCAUCUUGUCAAACCUCGGCUGGCAAAUCUUGCUACGAAUUCUCAGUGGAUUCGCCUUUCUCAUAUUUGUCAGCGCAUUAUUCUACCGUCCGCUCCCUGCCAAGUAUAAUCGUGUACACGCAGAAUCAAAAGAGAGAGCCAAGCUGUUUGACUUGUCGGUAUGGAAGAUAAAGCCGUUCGUGUUUUUGGUUGUAUCCAUAUCACUGCUACACAUUGGCUACUUUAUUCCCUUCAUUCACUUGGUGAGGAAUGGUAGAUAUUAUAAAAUGAUUGAAUGCUUGUUUCCUCAAACAUAGGAGAUAUGUAUAAACGGAAUUUGCUCCUUAAUUUGAAUGCAUAUGAUCCAAAAAGGCUCGAAACUCAUGGAAAAUUGUGCAGCAAAGUUUCGCCAUGACAUGAUUUUUCUGCUCAUGGUUUUCAGUUAAAGGGCUACACUUUCUUAGCGCGUUAACGAAACCAUGAAUUUCAGGUACUCUCACUGACACCAUUAUGUUACGCUGUUCAGGUUUGGGAGACUCGUGACCUACAAAGGUUCUAAUAUGGCGCAUAUCGCAACAUACCGUAAUCAUGAUUUUCCUGUUUGUCAGUGGUUAGAGGAUCCGGCAGGUACUUGCAGGAAUCUUUUAAUAAAAAAAUCUCUCUCAAAAUAUCGCAGAACAAAGGAUGCCUAAGAACAAGAGAACCUUUUAUGUUCUCCGACUUGCUAAGAAUCAAUACAUGGACAAGAGCUUUUCAUGUCAUACACACACUGUGAAAGCCACAGUGUAGAGUUCAAUAAACUGCUCCGCUGAGUGGACUAAGCUUCUUAGUAACUUUCUUGAACUGUUACACUGCCGAAAACCGAUUGCGUUCGACGUUAGGAGAACGCCACCAUAUUUUGGGCAAUCCUGAAUUUCCUGUGUUCGCCUAGCUUUUGUUAGUUAAACUGACAAUUUCUCCUUUCCACACUCUUGUUCUACCCGAAAUGUAUUCUUAGGUGGCCUCAAAAGGUGCUCUAAAUACUUUAUUACAUUUUCAGCCUAAUUACUCUGAGAUUCUUGGUGUACCUGAGUCUAAAGCCUCUUUGCUAAUAGGCUUUCUUUCCAUUGCUUCAUCUGGUGUUUAUUGCCUGGUCUUGAGCUGCUACAAGUAAUCCCUCUGUUUCUCCUUUCAAAUUACUUGACAACCAUUUGUUGGUGGUGACUGAGUCUACAUGAGGCUUCUCUAGGAUCUUUGCAAUGCUUUUUUUUUCCACUUUUCUUCUUUCAUUGACUUCAUCCUGGACUUAAACACGUGUUUCAGGGCUUUAGCAUUUUCAGAGGCAGAUUUAUCUUCUCUGUUCUCAUUCUCUGUUAUUAUUAUUAUUAUUAUUAUUACUAUUAUUAUUAUUAUUAUUACUAUUAUUAUUAUUAUUAUAAUCAUAAUCAUAAUUAUUGUUAUUGUUAUUGCUAUUGUUGUUGUUCCUAGCGCUAUAAAUUGCUUUUGGUACUGUCUUAGAACCGAGCCCAUUCCUUGGUGGUCUUGAGGUGUUAGGGGUGGUAUGUUUACUGGAUGGACAGAAAUCUUUUUACUGUGUGCGCAGUUCCCAAUAGGAUGACCUUUUGCAGCUCAUUGAUCAGGAUUGUUCUGGGGCCAGCCGAUAGCAACAAGUGAUCGGCGUUAAAAUUAGUUGAGACACUUUGCCCUCAAGCAGUUGUCAAGGACAUUAUUUCUCUCGUUUUCCCGACACUGUCUACUUCUAUAUGGGAAAUGAAGUUUCUCUUCUCCCCCUCAUGGUAUUAACUCUUUAACGCCCAAUAUCCACAUCCAAAUUCUCCAGACUGAUCCCCAUACAUUUCCUUAAAGCCUGAUAACAGUGGAACACCAAUGGGCCAAAAACAAAAAAUUGGCCGUAUUAACGAGGUGACCGUAUUAACGAGGGUUUUUUUUGAUAAGAAAAUUUAUGGCAGUUUUUGCCAGGUGGCCAAAAAAGUGGCCGUAAGGCGGGGUUUCACUAUAUUUGAGAGAAUUUAACAAAGGUUCAAGCAUUUUCCCAUUGGUGAUCAUUUUGUUAAUAGACCUUUUUACCGAUACGGCGGCCAUAUUGAACUUAUUAGAUUUAAGGAGUAUUAUGGGAUGCCCAGGGGGCACUCGCUCAGCAUUUACGCGCGCUUUUCGUGCAAAAAGAUAACUUCCCUGUAGAUUUCUCGGGAAAAAGGCGUUCAUUAUUACAUCCAAACACGGCGCAACGAUCUUUUUUCCCAUUACAAUCUUUUCCUUGGAAAACUUAAAGAAAAAUUGGCCCGAAAAGCUCGCGUAAAUACUGUUGCGAGUAUAUCGGAUCGUGCUCAUGCCCCCUAGGCAUCCCAUAGUACUCCUUAAAUCCAAUUAAUUCAAUAUGGCUGCUGUAUCGGUAAAAAGGUCUAUUCUCAUAACUUUUUCUCUUAAUUAUGUAUUGUUUUGUUAGAAGAAAAUGGAUGUCACUUUUGGGACUCAAAAGGUUAACACUACAUUCUAUCAGCCGAUGGUUAUCUAUAUGAUUGCAUUCUGUUUUUUACGUUCCAGCAUGGAUUGGUUCCAUAGCGUUUGGUGUAAACUUCCUUUUCGGCCCAGUAGCGAGCAGUUUGUGUCAAAGAUUCAGCUGUCGCCUCGUAGCUGCAGCGGGUGGUCUUAUUGCAGUCUUUGGUUUUUUGAUCACGUCAUUUGCCAAUAGUGUCUACUUCAUCUACUUCACAUACAGUGUCGUCUGGGGUUUUGGUUCUUCUUUAAGCUUUGCUACUACUACAUUUGUAUUAGGUGAGGUUCGUUGAGUAGAGGUCGACAUUUCACAGUUAAUAAAUAAUUUUUUAAACUUUAUCCCCCCCGCAGUCCCCCUACCCUUUUUCCACCCCAUAUUUGUCUAAGGUCUGCGUAUUUCCUCGGAGGACUCAACCAAUUGCGUUUUUGCUGUUUUCAUGCAGGAAAAGGGUCGUCGUCUCCUGGGAAAGGAUUGUAAGGAACGAAAAUGAUCUCCAGUUAAGAGCUCUUUCAUCACAAACUUUCCGCUUUCUUAGUUCCUGCUUUCAGGAGGGUAAUAAUGUCUUUAACGUUGUUUCCUUGUUCAAUCGGCGACCGUUUUAACAACCCAGUCCCAGUCCCUCUAAGAUAAAUUGCAGGGAAUUUCGAUUGUGCCAACUUCAAUCUAAUGACCGGUACAGUGAUUCAUGGACUGAGACUAAUAUGCUCUGAGUAAAUUCACAGUUCAUCUGAGCAUAACAUAUGAUAAUAUUUUGGAAUGAAUACUUAUGUUUCCUCAUUCAAAGCUUUUCGACCAAUUUAAUUGCAUUUGACAAUCCCUUUUCAGGUCAGUACUUCAAGAGGAGACUUGCGCUAGCCAAUGGUAUUGUUACUGGUGGAAGUGGUGUUGGUGCACUGGCAAUGGGACCCUUUUACCACCUCAUCUUGUCAAACCUCGGCUGGCAAAUCUUGCUACGAAUUCUCAGUGGAUUCGCCUUUCUCAUAUUUGUCAGCGCAUUAUUCUACCGUCCGCUCCCUGCCAAGUAUAAUCGUGUACACGCAGAAUCAAAAGAGAGAGCCAAGCUGUUUGACUUGUCGGUAUGGAAGAUAAAGCCGUUCGUGUUUUUGGUUGUAUCCAUAUCACUGCUACACAUUGGCUACUUUAUUCCCUUCAUUCACUUGGUGAGGAAUGGUAGAUAUUAUAAAAUGAUUGAAUGCUUGUUUCCUCAAACAUAGGAGAUAUGUAUAAACGGAAUUUGCUCCUUAAUUUGAAUGCAUAUGAUCCAAAAAGGCUCGAAACUCAUGGAAAAUUGUGCAGCAAAGUUUCGCCAUGACAUGAUUUUUCUGCUCAUGGUUUUCAGUUAAAGGGCUACACUUUCUUAGCGCGUUAACGAAACCAUGAAUUUCAGGUACUCUCACUGACACCAUUAUGUUACGCUGUUCAGGUUUGGGAGACUCGUGACCUACAAAGGUUCUAAUAUGGCGCAUAUCGCAACAUACCGUAAUCAUGAUUUUCCUGUUUGUCAGUGGUUAGAGGAUCCGGCAGGUACUUGCAGGAAUCUUUUAAUAAAAAAAUCUCUCUCAAAAUAUCGCAGAACAAAGGAUGCCUAAGAACAAGAGAACCUUUUAUGUUCUCCGACUUGCUAAGAAUCAAUACAUGGACAAGAGCUUUUCAUGUCAUACACACACUGUGAAAGCCACAGUGUAGAGUUCAAUAAACUGCUCCGCUGAGUGGACUAAGCUUCUUAGUAACUUUCUUGAACUGUUACACUGCCGAAAACCGAUUGCGUUCGACGUUAGGAGAACGCCACCAUAUUUUGGGCAAUCCUGAAUUUCCUGUGUUCGCCUAGCUUUUGUUAGUUAAACUGACAAUUUCUCCUUUCCACACUCUUGUUCUACCCGAAAUGUAUUCUUAGGUGGCCUCAAAAGGUGCUCUAAAUACUUUAUUACAUUUUCAGCCUAAUUACUCUGAGAUUCUUGGUGUACCUGAGUCUAAAGCCUCUUUGCUAAUAGGCUUUCUUUCCAUUGCUUCAACCUUGUCACGUGUUCUCUUUGGCCUUAUGCUCAACCACCCUAGAGUGAAUCGUUUCUACGUUUUACAGGUAUGUAUGGAGAUAGGAUAAGAUAAGAUAAGAAUCUUUAUUUAAGUGUCAUAGUAUUUAUUAGAGAUGUUCUUCUGUUUUGGCUAUGGCGAUUAUGCUCACUCGUCUCGCGUUUACACAUAUGAAUCGAAGAUCACAUCAGUUAUGAUGCCAAGAAAAAUUCUAGUGUGAAUCACUCCAGCAUUUAAGACCGCUCAAAUGAUUAUUACAUUUACGAAGUCUUAUGUUAUGUCAAUCUGAGUAAUUCGCAAGAGCUUAUUACUGAACACGAUGCUGUUAGCCGCAAUGAUCGAGGCUGAAGAAAUUAUGUUUUCGCCUGUUUUUCGAUGUUUUCCAGGUUUGCUUUGUAAUGAUGGCUGUUAUAUGUACACUAUGUCCGCUGGCACGGGAUUACACCGGGCUCAUAUUAUAUGCUGUUGGCUUUGGAAUGUUCGACGGAUGUUUCAUUUUGCUCAUCGCCAUCACGAUCAAUGAUGUAGUUGGACGUAAUAGAUUACCACAAGCCUUAGGAACUUUGUAUGGAGUUAUGUCACUUCCUGUUAUAUUUGGACCACCCCUGGCAGGUAUAGGUUUGCUUUAA